AUGUCUUCAAUAACCAUUCAAGAAAUUGAACCAGGAAAUAUUUGGCUCCUAGAUUCCGUCUUUUCACGUGAAGAAUGUGAACAACUCAUUAAGGAGAGUGAACAAAUGGGUUUUGUUGAAGCCACUUUCAACGCAACAAUGGCUAAAGAUCUCAGAAAUAAUUCUAGAGUCAUUGUCGAUUGUAAAAAGUAUUCAGACUUGUUAUGGGAUCGAUUGAAACAUGUCAUUCCACAACACGCGAAGGAUCUUUGUGCAAAGGUGGUUCCUUCUCAAAUGACACAAGGAUAUGAAGCUAUUGGAUUUAAUGAAAGAAUUCGAUUUUACAAGUAUUCGGCUGGUCAAUACUUUGUACCUCAUACUGAUGGAUGUUUUAGUCGCCAACCUUACAUGGUAACGUUGAAGGAUAAAAAUACUCAACAAGUGGAGAAUUAUGAAUGUAAGGAAACAUCUUUCUUAACUGUACUGUUGUACUUGAAUGAUGUCCAAUCAGGAGGAGAAACAAACUUUUUCAAAAAUUCAAAUGCAAGCCAAAUCACUCAUAGCGUCACUCCAAAGGCAGGACAAGUGCUGAUUUUCGUACAUUGGAAUUGCCAUGAGGGAGCAACAUUGUCAGAUCCCAAUGAAUUCAAGUACGUGAUGCGAACAGAUGCCAUGUAUAGGAGAAUGAUUAGAAAAUAA